AAAUUAUAGCAUGAAUGAACCAGGAAAAACAUUUAUCUUUUCUACUUUUUUGGGGUUUUAUUCUUUUUCUGAUUGCUCGCUUGUAGUGUAAAAUCAUGAUUUUGUUGUUUAUGCGGCAAGAAUUUGCUUGUUGUUUAUGGAAAUGGGUUGGUCCGGUUUGAUGCGAAUUGUUUGCCGAACAUUGUUAAUUGGAAGUAAUUUAUCGGAUUAAUAAACUUUUCAGCUCUUCAUAUUUUUUAACCGCAAAGAAGUGACAUUUUGUUUUAAGAAUUAUGAGAUUUGCCGGCAAAUGAAAGGGUAAGUGGGCUGUUGUGUAAAUCUUAGUUGGUGUUUUACAAAAGACAUGCAAUAGUGCUAGAGACACCUUCAAGGUGUUUGCGGAAUGACCCAGAUGAAGUAUAAGUUUGAUAUGACUAUAUUAUGAAUGUUCAAAAUUAGACUGGAGUCCGGUUGGUGGCAUCUGGAGAGAUGAGACAUUAAAGAUAAAUUACUGGAUGGCUGAACCAGCAUACACUGUGGCAUCUGAUAGUGAAACCACUGGGGAGGAAAAGUCUUCAUCCACUUUUGCUGAAAUUGCAAUAGGAAUCGAUAUUGGCACUUCGCAGUGCAGCAUUGCCGUCUGGAAUGGCUCCCAGGUAGAACUCCUCAAAAACACUAGAAACCAGAAAUUGAUGCGGUCAUAUGUGACAUUCAAAGAUGGCGUCCCUUCAGGGGGAGUUAGCAGUCAACUCUUGCACGAGCACGAAAUGUUAUCUGGAGCUGCAAUCUUCAACAUGAAACGCUUAAUUGGCAGAGUUGACACUGAUCCUGUUGUUCAUGCAAGCAAAAGCCUUCCAUUUUUGGUACAAACGUUGGACAUUGGUGUCCGUCCAUUUAUUGCAGCCCUGGUGAACAAUGUGUGGAGAUCGACCUCUCCUGAAGAAGUUCUUGCAAUAUUUUUGGUGGAACUGAAAGCUAUGGCGGAAGUCCAGUUAAAGCGACCCAUUAGAAACGUUGUUCUUACAAUUCCAGUUUCAUUCAGCAGAUUCCAGCUGACUCGGAUUGAAAGAGCUUGUGCCAUGGCUGGUCUUCAUGUCCUGAGGCUGAUGCCUGAACCUACUGCUGUGGCAUUGUUAUAUGCACAGCAACAGCAGCAGACUGCACAUGACAACAUGGGCAGUGGAAGUGAGAAGAUUGCCCUCAUUUUCAACAUGGGUGCUGGAUAUUGUGAUGUGGCUGUAACUGCUACAGCUGGAGGAGUUUCCCAGAUAAAGGCCUUGGCAGGAAGUGCUGUUGGAGGAGAAGAUCUACUUCAAAAUAUGAUGCAUCAUCUGUUGCCGGAUGCAGAGAGUCUUUUCUUAGACCGUGGUAUUAAUGAAAUCAAAUCAAUGGGACUGCUUCGAGUUGCAACCCAGGAUGCAAUCCACAAGCUCUCCUUCCAGCAUAGUGUUCAAAUUGAUGUUGACUUGGGAACUGGGUCAAAGAUAAGCAAGGUUGUGGAUAGGGGGGAAUUUGAGGAUGUGAACCGGAAGGUGUUUGAGAAGUGUGAGAGCCUCAUAACCCAGUGUCUGCACGAUGCUAAGGUACAAAUUGAGGAUGUGGGUGAUGUAAUACUUGUAGGUGGAUGUUCAAAUAUACCGAAGAUAAAGAACCUUGUCUUAAAUGUAUGCAAGAGAGAUGAGCUUUACAAAGGGAUGAACCCAUUGGAAGCUGCUGUCUGUGGGGCAGCACUUGAAGGAGCAGUGGCAUCAGGUCUCAGUGAUCCCUUUGGAAAUUUGGACUUGCUGACAAUUCAAGCCACACCUCUUGCCAUUGGAAUUCGAGCUGAUGGAAACAACUUCGUGCCCAUCAUUCCCAGAAACACUACAAUGCCUGCAAGAAGAGAGCUGUUAUUCACAACUGUUCAUGAUAAUCAAACCCAAGCACUGAUAUUUGUCUAUGAAGGCGAGGGGAAAACGGUGGAAGAAAAUCACUUGCUGGGAUAUUUCAAAAUAACUGGGAUAACUCCAGCUCCUAAAGGAGUUCCAGAAAUAAAUGUGUGCAUGGACAUCGAUGCCUCAAAUGCGCUAAGAGUUUUUGCUGGGGUUCUUCAGCCAGGGUCUCAUCUUCCAGCAAUCCCUUUCAUGGAAGUCAGGAUGCCUACAGUUGAUGAUGGUCAUGGUUGGUGUGCUGAAGCCUUACACAGAGCUCAUGGUUCUUCUUUGGACUUGGUUACUGUACAGAAGAAAAUAUAGUUGUGAAGUCGAUGGAGUGGAAAGAGCCCCUUUAAGAUUGCUACUUUCUUUGCACGUUGAAUGAAUGGUGGUUCUUGGGUAAUGAAACAGUAUGUGAAAAGCUGACUUGUUUGGAAUAAUUCAGAUGUUAUCUUAAGUCUUUGUCUGAAUAAAAGAAGCAUUCAGCGUGAUGCCACCAGAUUAAGGCUC